CAAAAUAUUUAAUCGGUUCUAAAAAUAACAAAGACCCCAGCGAUUAGGAAAUCAAAGGGAACCAACAGUUAUUUCAGAAUGUAGUUUAUCGAAAACGGCUUUAGGCUUCAAUGGUUUUUGCGCAUCGAUAAUAACAACAAACUGAGCAGUUGAUAAUAGAGAGUGUUUUUUAUUGUUCUUUUUUUUGGCAAUAAUUACACAAAAUUUCAUUAAUUUGUUGCUUGUGGAUUUAGUUGACGCCGAAACGUGAACCAGUUUGGUUGCUAACGGUAAAAUGGAACUACGUCGUUUUUGGUGGUUGCUGAGUGUUUUGCUCUGUCAUCUAUUGGCUAAUAUUGGGGUCGAGGUGCAAAGUGCAAAGAUCUUGGCGGUGUUUCCAUUUCCCGGUAAAUCGCAGUAUAUAUUUGCGGAACAGUAUCUGAAGGAGCUGGCACGCAGAGAUCACAAUGUGACUGUGAUUAAUACUUUUGGCAACAGCGAAUUGGAGCCGAACUUUAGGGUAAUUGGCGCAACCAAAAUACAUGAACUGAUGGCAGCUUUUGGCAGUGCGGACUACUUUCAACCAGCCAGUCAGUGGACUAUGCUUACAAUGACUACAGAGUUUCUUAAUAUGCUCACUGCGAAUUUACUUGAGGAUGUUGCUGUCAAAGACUUGCUACAGAGGAAGGAAACCUUUGAUUUGGUCAUUUUGGAAACGGUUCAGACUGAGGCGCUCUUUGGGUUGGCGCAACACUUUAAUGCUCUGACCAUUGGCAUCUCGUCCUAUGGAACAGAUCGACACAUUGAUGAGCUAAUGGGCAACAUAUCACCAUUGUCCUUUAAUCCCAUGCUAUUGUCCUCACGCACUGAGCACAUGAGCUACGAACAGCGUCUGAGGAAUGUUUGGGAGGCAUGUGUCGCUUGGUUACACAAACGUCUUGUACAUAUUCCCAGCCAGGAAAAGCUCUUCAAACUGUAUUUUCCCAAGGCAAGCAAAACAAUGGAUCAGGUGCUUGACAGCUUCUCAUUAAUGCUGCUCGGCCAGCAUUUUUCACUUAGCUAUCCACGUCCCUACCUGCCCAACAUGAUUGAGGUGGGCGGCCUUCACCUUAAGCAACGAGAUCCGCAGCCGCUGCCCGCUAAGAUAGCCAAGUUUGUUGAGGAUGCCAAGGAUGGGGUCAUAUACUUUUCCAUGGGUUCAAACAUCAAGAGCUCCGACUUGCCAGCGGCAACACGUCAGGUGCUUUUGCAGGCCUUUGGCAGCCUAAAGCAGCGUGUGUUGUGGAAGUUUGAGCAGGAGCAACUUGAGGAUCAGCCAGAGAAUGUGCUCAUUAGCAAAUGGUUUCCCCAGCCCGACGUGCUGGCCCAUCCCAAUGUCAAGCUGUUCAUUACACAUGGCGGUCUAUUAAGCACUAUCGAAAGUAUUUACUUUGGCAAACCGGUGCUGGGUCUGCCCGUCUUCUACGAUCAGCACUUAAAUGUGGAGCGUGCAAAGCAAGCAGGCUAUGGCCUGGUUCUCGAUCUAAGGAUUUUAAAUGCAACUGCAUUGCAUGAUCAGAUUUUAGAGCUGCUCAAUAAUGAUAGUUAUUCUCAGGCUGUGCAGCUAAAGUCAAAACUCUACAAGGACCAGAAGGAUACCCCUCUUGAGCGCGCCAUCUGGUGGACGGAGUAUGUACUACGGCAUGAGGGUGCACCACACCUGAGAUCAGCUUCGCGUGACUUGAACUUCCUGCAGCUAAAUGGUCUGGACACGUGGGGUUUUCUAUGCGGUGUCGCUUUCCUGAUUAGCUUGAUACUCAUGUUUGCCCUGAUAAGCGUACUAAGAAUACUACGCUACCUGCUGGGAAAAUGUUUAAGGAUAAAUACUAAACAGAAAGUUCAGUAGAGCUAUGUAUCGUUCAGUUAAUUUAAUUAAUUAAUGGUUUUCUAAUACUCACGUUUUAUGCAAUUCAAGCUUAUUUAACAAAAGGUCCAAACAUAAAGAAAAUGUAAUAUUCUCGUAAAUAUUAAAGAAAUGGGCAAUGUGAAUACUCCAAAAAAAGCACAACUAUUAUUUUAUUAAAAACAUAAUAUAUAUCUAAUUAAUAUAAUACUAUGAAGUUGCUAUGCAUUGAAAUCUGUAUGUAAUAAAUUCCCUUUUUAAAAAUUGA